CUCUAAUUCAUCAUGGUGGCAGUCGUUAAAUGACCCCUGGAGUCGGAGCGUGACCUCCUGGGAGAUUCUGCUCUAUUCUGGAGAGAUAGAAGUGAUAUAAUGUUAGUUUGAUGGACGGACGGAGGGAGGAGAAAAGGAGAUGGACCAGGGCCAAUGAUCUGCAAGCGCAGGAACUAAAGAAGAGGCAGAGAAAUGAUUUCAUUGAGAGCUCGUUCUCUACCCAGACUGAAAAAAAAAUGGGAGCAUGCUACAGAGGAUGAGAGGAUGAGGAGCAGCCAGGUGUUUUAACCCAUUUAGGGGCAUUAUUAUUAUUAUUAUUAAAACAUUUUGUCCCCCUCCAAAAAAAAUGAGAGCCACAUCCAAGACCCCGCACUAACGCAGGCUGAGGAGAAACUGGACGCGUUUCUACUCCUUAAUGUUCCCAAACGGAGCGGAGCAGAGAGCGGUACUGGCUGGCGGCCGAUGCCCGGAGGAGAGCUGCUGCUGCGGCGGCGGCGGCGGCGGCGGCGGACCAGAGGGAAGGCGGCACCCGAGAGUCGCUGUUCACUACCGGGGAUCUAGGCGAGCCUCGCCGAGGCUGAGGCUGCGGGCAUGGGCUGCGCUCCCAGCAUCCACGUCUCUCAGAGCGGGGUGAUCUACUGCCGGGAUUCGGACGAGUCCAACUCCCCCCACCAGACCACCACCAUCUCCCAGGGCACGGCGGCCGCCACGCUGCACGGGCUCUUCAUCAAGACGGACGCGGCCGAGACCAUCCCCUCGGUCAUCACCUACCAGAGCCGCCACUCGCGCAACAACUCGCACCGGGAGCGAAGGGAGAACAGCGGGGGGCACGUCCGCAUCGAGGCCGAGACCCAGACCAGCCUCGCCAGCCUUAAGGUUUCUGCCACAGAAGAGUGUGUGGGACCUAUGAGGCUGACUAAGGAGCCAAUUCAAGUUCUGCUGGUGUUCGCUAAGGAGGACAGCCAGAGCGAUGCCUUCUGGUGGGCCUGCGACCGCGCCGGCUUCCGGUGCAACAUCGCGCGGACGCCCGAGUCUGCCGUCGAGUGUUUCCUGGACAAGCAGCACGAGAUCAUCGUCAUUGACGGACGUCACUCGCGCUACUUUGAGCCCGAAGCCGUCUGCCGGAUGAUCCGCGCCACAAAGCCCUCGGAAAGCACAGUUAUACUUGCUGUCGUAGCACAAAAACUCCCGGACCAAGAGGAACCGUCCGUUCUCCCUCUCCUCUGCGCUGGAUUUAGCAGAAGGUUCGUGGAGAACAGCAGCGUGUCAGCGUGCUAUAACGAACUCAUCCAGACCGAACAUGGAGAGGUGCGCUGCCAGUUCAAACUCAGGGCCUGCAACUCAGUCUUUACGGCUUUGGAGUACUGCCAAGAGGCCGUGGAAAUCACCAGUGAGGAUCACAUCAUUCAGUAUGUGAACCCGGCCUUUGAGAGGAUGAUGGGAUACCACAGGGGGGAGUUGAUUGGAAAAGAACUGACCGAACUUCCCAAGAGCGACAAGAACAGAGCCGAUCUACUCGAUACAAUCAACACCUGCAUCAAAAAAGGCAAAGAAUGGCAAGGCAUUUACUUUGCCAGGAAGAAGUCAGGCGACAGCAUUCAGCAGCAAGUGAAGAUACUGCCUGUCAUCGGCCAGGGAGGAAAAAUCCGACAUUUCGUAGCCAUCAAGCGAGCUCAUACCGACAACAACAAUCAGGUCCUCAAAAUGAACAAGGAAGAUAGAUGCAGCGGGGACCUUUCUCAAUCAGAGUGCCAUUCACUGCGACACAGGGACAGACGGAAAGAUUCGAUCGACGCCAGAUCGGUUGGUUCCCGUGGCAGCGACGCUCCUAGUUUACAGAACCGGAGAUAUUCUUCUGUUGCAAGAAUCCAUUCGAUGACAAUUGAGGCUCCCAUCACCAAGGUAAUAAACAUCAUCAACGCGGCCCAGGAGAGCAGUCCGGUGACGGUCGCCGAGGCUCUGGACCGCGUGCUGGAGAUCCUGAGGACCACCGAGCUUUACUCCCCCCAGCUGGCUUCCAAAGACGACGACCCCCACACCAACGACCUGGUCGGGGGGCUCAUGACUGACGGGCUGCGGCGGCUCUCUGGGAAUGAAUAUGUUUUCAGCAAAAAUAUGAGCCAGAGCCAGCUGACCAUCCCGGUAACGCUCAACGACGUUCCUCCGUCCAUCGCCGAGAUGCUGAACGACGAGGAGCGCUGGGAGUUCAACAUCCUGGACCUGGAGGCAGCCACGCAUAAAAGACCCCUCACUUACCUCGGCUUGAAGAUUUUCACCAGUUUCGGAGUGUGUGACUUCCUGAAUUGCUCCGAGGCGACGCUGCGCUCUUGGCUGCAGCUCAUGGAGGCCAACUAUCACUCCUCCAACUCCUACCACAACUCCACGCAUGCUGCAGACGUCCUGCACGCCACGGCCUACUUCCUGCGCAAGGAGAGAGUCAAGAGCAGCCUGGACCAGCUGGACGAGGUGGCGGCGCUGAUAGCCGCCACAGUCCACGACGUGGACCACCCGGGCCGGACCAACUCCUUCCUGUGCAACGCGGGCAGCGAGCUGGCCGUCCUCUACAACGACACGGCCGUGCUGGAGAGCCACCACGCCGCGCUCGCCUUCCAGCUCACCAUGCGCGACGGCAAGAGCAACGUCUUUAAGAACAUCGACAGGAAUCAGUUCCGAACGCUGCGCCAGGCCAUCAUCGACAUGGUGCUCGCCACCGAGAUGACCCGCCACUUUGAGCAUGUCAGCAAGUUCGUCAACAGCAUCAACAAGCCAAUGGCUGCCGUCGAAGAGACCAGCACCAAUAGCACGAACAGCGACUGCGAGGGCCAGAGCAACAUCAGAAACUCUCCAGAGAACCGCCUGCUGAUAAAGCGGAUGCUAAUCAAGUGUGCAGAUGUGGCGAACCCCUGCAGGCCUCUGGAGCUCUGCAUCGAGUGGGCGGGCCGGAUCUCAGAGGAGUACUUCGCCCAGACGGACGAGGAGAAGCGACAAGGGCUGCCCGUGGUGAUGCCCGUGUUCGACAGAAACACCUGCAGCGUGCCCAAAUCCCAGAUCUCCUUCAUAGACUAUUUCAUCACAGAUAUGUUUGACGCCUGGGACGCCUUUGCCAGCCUCCCCAACCUGAUGGAGCAUUUGUCCGAGAACUACAAGUACUGGAAGAACCUGGACGACAUGAAGUGCAAGAGCCUGCGUCCUCCGCCGCCCUCCUGACUUCCUGCUCUCCUCUCUGGCACCGUGACCCUGACCGGACGCUAAAACAGUUAGUCAUUUCAGCCGCAGCGCUAAAGUAGCGCGUACGGCGAGAAAACGGGGCCAAUUUCCUGCCUGAGAGGAACGAGAUCGCUGACUGACGAGCACUGUGGCGCUGAUCCCGUCUUCAAUCUCAGACGCUUUUCUCGUUCCAACUGAACAUGGUGUUCCACCGCCAUGGGAAAAGAAAAAACAAGUUUUCAUCUGGCAGCCCGAAUUUCUGUCAUCCGGCAUUUUCUUCUGGCGCCUCUUUGAAACUGCCUGGACCUCGCGGCUCACCUGACAAUCUGUACCAUACAGUGUAACACUCCGGAAAUCUGCACUUUAGCAAAUCAAGACCUUUGGAUUUCGAGCUCCGUUUUGCUCUUUACUUUUUACUAUUAUUAUUAUUAUUUUCUUUUAACCUUGUCAUUUUAUAUCUGGGUGUGGUUCCAAAAGAGCGACGAGACCAAGAGGUGCUUGGCUAAAAGGUGAGCAUCUCUAGCGAUUGUACUUCUUCGUAGAUGUGAGUUCGCAUCUCUAAAACGUCCGAUACAGACUUGUGAAGGUGCUCAGCUGGAAUUAUUCAUCCUUAAUAUCUAAAAAAAACAAAACAAUAAAAACAUAUAUAUGGGACCAAACUGUAAGCAUCCCCAGUAGCCCUGAGCAGGAAGAGUGUCGUAAGGAAGAUUCCAAGAACAGAUCUCUGGAAGCAGCGGGGUGCGCCGAUAGUUCAGCCUCAUAGAUAAAACCUGACAACCAAGGGCUGUUCUGUUCUGCGGACGUCUUAAGGUCAUGUAGCCUGAGAAAAAAAGAUAGAAUCUGCAGCUUUAGCUUCUUUCCCGUCUUUAAUGUGUGUGAAAGCAGCCGAUGUGGACGAUGGAGAUGCUUUCAACGAACAGAAUGCACUGUACCGGGGUAAAUGUCGAACUUUUAGCUUUGCGACACAAACUGUAGAAAUGAACUGUGAGCAUCUGAGCAGGUUUCAUGUGGACAAAACUUUUAUUUUAGUAGUUUGGGGAGGAAAUUGACCUCAUAGAGCUCCCUCACCCCCCAAACAAAUUCAAUUGUUACAUUGAGAACAUUCAGCCAUUUAUUUUCUGAUUUGUCACACGUCUUUACAAACAGACGUGGCUCAGUCUGACCCAUGAGUUGUUACCCAGUAAGAUCUCUGAAGCCGUAAACACGACCAAUGAAAAAUCAGUUGAGUUUUUUUAUAAAAAGACACCAAAAAAAAGAGAGAAGAAAACCUGAUCAAAUCACAGAUAUGGUACGUAUGCCCUCUGGUGGACAUAACGAAGAUUUGCACAUCAAACCAGCAGUUAAAUGUGAGCAAGAAAUCACUUCUUCUAUAAUUGGACAUUUAUUCAUACAUGUUGUUUUUUUUUGUUUUGUUUUUUACAGAUACGCAAAUUUUCUGGUCCCUUUGAGUUGAAAAAGUAUUGGCAACCACUUAAGCAGCCAGAGGAGAUUAUGGCGGUGAUGGUGAUCCUCUGGGCUGCAGCCACACAGCUACACACUGCAGAAUCAACCAAAGGCACAAAGAUUCCCUCAUAGGUGCCUUAUAUCUCACUUUUCUCCUCACACACUACAACAUAUUCAUAGUAAUGGCUCCUGCUUUCUAUACAAAGUGAAUCACAAGAAAAGCCAUAAUUGUACUGGGUGAUUUUUAGGAUAAAAGAAAACACAUCUGCGACGUUGUUUCAUGGUCUUCAGUCGUCCCGUCACAGACGUCCUGGGUUUUAAACUAAAAGGUUGCAUUUGUUGGUUCAUUUUGCUCAUGGUUUCAAACAACUUAAAUAAAACACACACACACAACUUUGUCCAACAUCACUGUAUUUGUUGUCACUUUAAGGAUGAUCACUUUCUUACGAAAACGCCUUAAUCCUGUCGUGUGUCGCUGUUUGGGUGUGCUUUGCUUGUGCCGCACUGUAAAACUACUUGAUGCACCUGCUGUUCAUGUAAAUACUCAGCUAACACGCUGGUUUUCAUUUGCCUUGCUUCGCUUUUAAUGUUCCUUCUUAUUUACUAAGGGGUGCACCGAUGAUUCGGCACCGAUUUCCUCAAUUUUGGGAGAUCGGCAAUUGGCCAAAGACACUUAAAUGCGAAAUUGAUCUUAUCUACUGCCACAAAAACCUAAAAAUCGCCCCCAUUUGCGCAGCCUGGCUGACGACCCCCACAUCAGGUCACGGUUUGCUAACUUAGCGACUUUGUUGCUAUAUUAAGUGACUUUUCAGACAAAAUUAAUUGGUGAAAAUUGGAAUCGGCAGGUCAGGCUAUGAAAGAUAGUUGAUCGGCCAGAAAGCUGCAGUCGGUGCUCCCGUUAUUCACAUUUCGUUCCAUCGUGUCCAAAAAUACAGCGACCUGAAACACCGGGUCCAGCUCGGAUUGUUUCACGGCCAUAAGUGGAUAUUUUUGCUAUCCUGUAACUAGAAAUUUUAGAGAGAGAGAGAGAGAGAUUUUAGACCACAGACAGCCAUGCCUUUUCCACUGAGCAGCCGCUACUUGAAUGCAACAUGCAUUCUGUGUCUUUUAGCCCGGCAGAACCACAGACAGCUUCGCCUUCAGUGACAGCCGUGCCAACCCUGAGCUUUGCACCAUUUAUAGAUGAAAACCAUCAUCAGAGAGUGGUAUAUAUAUAUGUAGAGUUGAAAAAAAUCUAUUUUUGAAAAAAUUAUUAUUAUUGCCCGUGACAAUUGUACUGUGUUUUUAAAGAUUUUACUGCCUCUUGCAUAAUAGUGUAAGUUUUACGCUCCACCUUCCUAAACUCUGCCAUGGCUGAUUGUUUUGAAAGCUUUGUGUAUUUUUCUCUCGCCACAUUAUGUCUUAUUUUUGAUGUUUUCUGUCAAACAAAAAAAGUAUUGUGAGAGAUGAAUAAAGCAUUAUUUAACUAUGAA